AUGCUGAGCCACUUCGUUGACCGUGUCAUCGAGCGUUUGGUGGCGCUGAGUGUCGAAGAGCUGUCACCAGAACGAAGAGAAAUUGAACAACGCCUUCAUGACCCCGAUCGCAAGAAGCAACCCGCUCUUUCCGUCAGAAUCAUAGCUCGGAACUUCCGACAGAUCUCCAAGAGACUUGGGCCAUUGUUCAAGGUUCAGUAUGGUAUACUUCACAUCUUGGCAUGGAGACGUCCCGCGAAAACGAUAUGCUUCUUGUUAUUCUAUACUGCUUUAUGUGUGUGGCCUCACUUGGUGUUUGUAUUCCCAUUGUUGACGUUAUUAACGGCUUUCAUCAUACCGGCAUUCUAUUAUCGUCAUCCAAUGGACAGUCCUUCGAUUAUUAAAGUCAAGAAAAGAGGACUGAAUCUUUUCAACUUCAUUCUCGACCCCAAAGAGAAUGAAACGAGCAUAAUUGAGGAUAAAUGGGACGAGAUGGAGCAAGAGGAACAAAAUGAACUGAAGGACGGUAUACAAAAGAAGAAAUCUGAGUUUAAAACUCGUCUUAACCUUGAUGAAGUGACAUCUUCCAAUAACAGCGAUAUGAAAAAUGCUCGAGAAAGUAUACCACUGGGGAAGGAGGAGUUCGCUGAGCCUCAACUACCGCUGGCAUCAUCUUCCGACCGUUCAAAGAUUGCCAAAGGUGUCGGGCUUAUGAUGAAUAUGCGUGAUUUUCAAAAUUUGACGAGCGAUGUAGCACACAUUCUCGAUAAGGUGAAUGAUGAUUGGCAAGAUGCAUUCCAGUUUCGUGAUGAAAAAUUAUCUACCUUAGUAUUCUAUGGUGUGUUUGGGGCGACCUUCGUUGUGUUAUUUUUCGGCCAGUUUAUUCCUUGGCGUGCCAUUUUUAUUCUGCUGGGAUGGAUUGGGAUUAUUAUGUGUCAUCCAAGUAUGAAGAAACACGUUCAGCUGCUUCAAAAAGCGAAGGCACGCGCGAAAAGUAGUAAAACAAGUCUGGUUACUAUAAACCACAAUGAGUCAACCGAGCCGAAGGACCGCUUGGCUUACACGCGGGAGCUUCUUAUUGUCGAUGAUUCCCCAGAAAUAAGAUAUGUCGAAAUCUGGGAACUCCAAAGCAAAAGCGAACUUGAAACUGAAUGGAAGUUUGCUUGCUUCAGCAGCAAUUUGUACGAGCGAAAAGAUCCUUCUAGACUCAAAGGAAGACGUCCGAGAGGUGUUGAUACUUUGGCAAAGGUACACCCCCCACAUGGCUGGAAGUUUGAUUUUGGCCUUGCCAAUCGUUGGGAAAUUGACCUUACUCCUAAGAAUACAUUGUGGGAAAGAGAGAUGGAUGUUUCCGUCUUCGUUGAGCAGGAUUCUUGGCUUUACGACACACCUGGCUCUCUCAAAGGUGGUCAAAUUGAAAUUGAAUACCGACGUCGCCGGAUGAUACGUGAAUGCUUUAGAUAUGCCCGUCCUUUAGAUUAG